AUGUGGGCGUCGCUGACGCGUUGGGCGAAGCCGUACUAUGUGACGACGCCGAUCUACUAUGUGAAUGCCGAGCCGCACAUUGGGCAUUUGCACUCGAGUGUGAUGGCCGACGUGCUUCGGCGGUAUGCAGAGCUGCGCCGCCGCGGAUGGUCGACGUACGCACCCGCACCCGCUCAUGCGACGCAGGCGCUCAUGACCACCGGCACGGACGAGCAUGGACUCAAGAUCCAAAGGGUGGCGGAAUCGAUGCACCUCGAUCCGCGGACGCUGUGCGACCGGGUCAGUGUGCGCUUCGAGGCGCUGCUGAAGGCGGCCGAUAUUGCGCCUACGCGCUUCCUGCGCACGACGGAGGCGGUGCAUCAGGCGGCCGUGCAGCACUUUUGGACGCGGCUGCAGGACGCGGGCUAUAUCUACCUUGGCGCGCACGAAGGAUGGUACGCGGUCUCUGACGAAGCCUUUUAUCCUGCGUCGCAGGUGCAGGAGCAGGGUGGCGUGUACACGUCCAUCGAGACGGGUCAGCGCGUCGAAUGGACGACGGAAACGAACUACAAGUUCCGGCUCUCGGCAUGUCGCGAGCCGCUGCUGGCAUGGCUCGAAGCGAAUCCGGACGUGAUCCAGCCACGCAGCAUGUACGACCACAUCCUCGCCGAGGUGCGCGCGGGUCUGAGCGACUUGUCCGUCUCGCGGCUCGCCUCGCGACUGUCCUGGGGCAUUCCCGUGCCCCACGAUCCCACUCACACCAUGUACGUGUGGAUCGAUGCGCUCGUCAACUACCUGACCGCCCUAGGGUACCCAUCCGCCAUGCAGGGCUGGCCCGUGGACGCGCACAUCGUCGGGAAGGACAUUGUGCGCUUCCACGCCAUCUACUGGCCCGCGUUUCUCAUGGCCGCCGGUCUGCCCCUGCCGCGCACCAUCGUCGCGCACUCCCACUGGACGGUCGAAAAAACCAAGAUGUCCAAGUCACGCGGCAAUGCCAUCAAUCCGUUUGACGCCAUCGAAACCUAUGGCGUCGACACGAUGCGCUACUAUCUCAUGCGCAUAGGAGGGCACAUUGGCACGGACGCCGAUUACGCACCGGCGCUAGUCGAGGAGCACAAGCGCAAGUUUCUCCAGGGUCAGCUGGGCAACUUGCUGUCGCGCGUACUGGCGCCCAAGAUCCAGCAGCGCCUCGCGGGCGAGUGGCUGCCUCGGCCAGCGCACGCCACGGAUCCACUCGAGCAGGCGUGCACGGAGCUCCCGCGUGUGUACGAGCACAGCAUGGAGUCGUACGAGCCGUCCAAGGCCGUGCAGGCCGUGUUCGAUGUGAUUGCUCACACCAACGAGCUCGUGCAGCACACCGCGCCAUGGUCGGCGGAUACACCGCUGAGCGACGUGCAUCGGUGCGUGUAUCUGUCGAGCGAGGCGCUGCGCGUGUGCGGCACGCUCCUGUCUCCGAUCAUGCCGCGCGCCAUGACGGCCCUGCUCGAUGCGCUCCAAGUGCCCGCAGCGCAGCGCACCUGGGACGCCCUGGCCUUCCAGGCCCAGAUUCCGCUGCGCCGCUCGUCCUCCAAAAUAGCGCCGCUCUUCCCCCGUACUUAG